AUGGAAUAUCACUCCGUCCCACCGGAGGAGCGUGCUAGGGACGAGCACGGAAACCUCCUUCCCUGGGGUUAUGUUUACAAAGAUGAAUCUCGCAAUCCUCGCCGACCACCAGAAGAAUCAGGACCCUUCGGCAAGAGAAGAAAUGCUCGAUACGACACAGCCCGUUCACGAACACGCACCGGAACACCAGCAAAGCGCGAAAACCCCAACGUAGCCGAGUUCGGUCGAUUAUUCUCCCAGCAACAGCAGGAGGACGAGAAAACAGGCCUGCCCAAGUCAUCAUCAUCGUCCAGUCUCGACAACGCCCGAAAGCAGACCGAGAAGGUCGCAACGGAGUGCAUACUCUAUGGAUACAAAAGCAAGGACAGCGAGUGGAAGGUCCUCGACAAAUACGAGCGCAUUUCACAGGGCAUGAUCUGCGAAGACUACCCUCGCAACGACCCGACCUCAACAAACAACUACACCCAGCUCUUGAGCGGCGGCGACGUCGUCAUCCGGAAUCUCUCAGCGGACGCGAACCGCAAAGCAAAGGUCUACGCCGGCGGCCACCACUGGAUCAAGGUCACAUACGAUUCGACGCAAUCCGCCGAUCGCGCGUGCUUCUACUCGCCACAGGAAAUCGACGGCCAUCUAGUCUACUGCGAGCUAUACCACGGCCACGGCCCAGCAGAGGAUAUUCCCAUCCCUGCGGAUUCGGCAAAUAGUCGAAUUCGCAACCGAGCACCGCGCACCUUGACAACCUCACACUCGACCACCUUCCUCUCCAGCUCCAGCAAGGACCAGGACCGCGGGACACUGCCGCGCUCCUUUGGUAUGAAUAACCUCGCCAGCGUGCCCGAUGUACCAGAGGAUGUAGACUACUCGUUCGAUUCUUCGACCGUCGCCGCCUCCGAGGCAACCACGUCCUCCACUGCAACCUCCGCAACCGCAACCGCCACCCCCUCCUUCCAGCACGGCACCGUGAACACAACUUCUUCUUCGUCAACCUGGGCAACGGGCGCAUCGUCUACGGAUCAGACACUUCACCAACGCCGAGCACCCGCCCAGCGCGAACAAACUCAGGAUAAUGAGUUCAUGACGCAUAUCCCGUCCGUCCGUCGUACCAAGCUGCGCCCGCUGCUCGAGGCGCUCCCCCCGCAACCUACCAUGACCGAGCGCAUCCUGCGCUCAAUUCCUAUUCUGAGUUGGUUCACUGGUGACAUUGUGGGCGAGGGCCCGAUUCUCCGCGACGACGGUACACUCGACCUGGAAAAGUCUGGCCUUUACUGGCGGUUCUGGUAUGCGUUUGACUAUUACCUGAAAACGGAUAUGUGUGGAUUGAAGGAGGAUAGUUGA